GGUCUCUCGAUAUAGAAGAGGACGAAUGAGAAUCGAUGCUAUUGACUCGUCGACUCGACUUGUGAACAACCGGGCUUGAAGGAUCUAGCUCGUAAACGACUUCUCCAAUCUUUGAUCUCCCCACCUACGGAGGCCUACAUCUGUCAUGUUGACCCUAUUCCAAUCAUCCAUCUUCGCCCUCGCCGGCGCUGCCGCCGUAGCAGGGCACUCGCACGAAGGCCCCAAAUCGGCCGAAGAAAAGGCCUCCCUCAACAAGCUCAAAGAAGCCUCCUACCUCUGCGCACCCCAAAUCGCAGCUUACAACGCUCAACGAGAACGAGCCUGGGCUCAAAAAGUGCUCGGGGGGGCUUCUUAUGCGGAAAAGAGGCGUUUCGUCGAGGGUGGAUGGGAAGAUAUCGCCCAACAGAUGAAAUCCAUCGAUGGGGCGCACGAGACGGAUAGCGGGGAUAAGAGGAUCUUGGCUUGUGAAGCUGUAGCGGGGAGCAAGAUCCGGAACCAUACUUGCGUCUUGGCUCCCGAGGUGACCGAGGGGCCUUAUUUCCACGACGGCGAACAUCCCAUCCGGUCCAACCUGGGCGAGCUCAAGGACGGUCUUCCCAUGAACAUGCAGAUCGGUUUGAUCGACGUGAACACAUGCGAGCCGAUAGAAAACGUCUUGCUCGACAUUUGGCACUGUGACGCUCUCGGAUACUACGCUGGGCACCCUCGACCGCAUGCUCAUCUGACCGAUGAAGAGCCUGCUAAGGAGGGGCAUCGAAAAGGACUCUUGUCUGCUUACCCCCGAGACCACGAUGGAGAGACUUGGCUGCGGGGCGCUCAGAUCUCUGAUCGGAACGGGAUCGUCGAGUUCCAGUCCAUUUUCCCAGGCUACUACCAAGGUCGUGCGACCCAUUGGCACAUCCGUGUACACCCCGACUUCGAGGUCCUCCCCAACAACACUUAUAUCGGCAAGACGCUCGCCCAUACCGGUCAGCUGUUCGUGCAGGACGACAUCAACUCGGCCGUGGACAUGAUGUACCCCUAUGUCAACAACCACCUCCGAACGAUGCCCGGUCGAGGUCGAACUAGGAACUGGCAAGACUCGUUGAACAUCUUUGAGGAUUCCCAGAUCGGCGGGUACCAGAGCAUGUGGGAUAUGCACUAUAUGGGUUCCGUCAUCUCCCAGGGCUUGCAAGGGUUCAUCACCGUCGUCAUCAACUCGACGGCCGAUUACUCGCAGAUCAAGUGGUCCGUCGAACAGGGCAAAGACAGGUUCGCGUCCAAGUUGGCCGAGCCGACCGCGGCCGUACACGAGGAGCUGUAGUCGACGAGACGAAUUGAAAUCGACGUGUAUCAUAUAACAUGACAAGAGCAAAUGGACAUCGUCUCGAUGAUCCAGAAUUCUGACAGUGCGAGGUGAAGCGAAUAAGGGUUUGGCGA